CUGUUGGUUUGGAAACCGUAAUGGUAUUGCCAUCAAUUUAGGGAUUUAUUUCCUUUGUCACGGACUGUCCGUAAUAAAACUUUUCAGUGUUGGUUGACAAUGUCAGUUCCUGGAACAUUCAAGAAACUUUUUGCCGUGGCUGGCGGAGCAACAGCAGCUUUUUUAGCCGUGUCGUAUACUGGGGAGCUUUACAAAAUGAAUUAUCAGAUUGAUGAAGCGGAUGCCCUUGCUAUUCGAAAAAUCAACACGGGUUACGCAGAACUCCAAAAGGAUAAGCAUUGUAAUUCGCUGUUGAAGAAAAACUUAACACCUACAGUUUUACAAAAAUUGGAAAACAAAAAAACGAAACUGGGUGCUUCUCUUUACGACAUAAUUCGUUCUGGUUUGCAUAACCAUGACUUGGCGAUUGGUGUAUAUGCAGCGGAUCCUGAAUCAUAUCACAAAUUCGCUCUUCUUUUCGAUAAAAUUCUGGAGGAUUACCAUGGAUUCAAACCAGGAGCAAAACAACCACUCGUUGAUUUGGGGGAGGAAAAAAUCAACGAAUUCCCAUCUCUUGAUCCUACAGGAAAAUAUGUUAAGUCAAUCAGAAUUCGCUGUGCUCGUUCAAUUGCUGGUUAUCCGUUCAACCCACUUUUAAGUGCAGAUGAUUACAUGAUCCUGGAACAGAAGGUGAAAAAUGCACUGCUGCAAAUCGAGGAACCUGAAUUACGUGGGGUUUAUUAUUCGCUGGAUAGAAUGCCGAAGAAAACGCAGGAUGAGCUUGACAGUAAACAGCUCCUGUUCAACAACAACAGUUCUUUAUUGAAACAUGCAAAUGCCUACAAUGUCUGGCCAGAGGGGCGUGGAAUCUUCCACAACAAUGACAAAUCUUUCUUGGUGUGGGUUAACGAGGAAGACCAUAUCAGCAUGAUCUCGGUUGAAGAAGGAAGCGAUGUUGACAAGGCACUUGCUCGUUUAAUACGAGGCUUGAAGGCACUGGAAAGGAAGCUAACGUUCGCUCGCGAUAUUCGACUUGGCUGGUUAACAUCGAACCCCAGUAGUCUUGGUUCCGCAAUAAAUGCUUCAGCAGAAAUAUUUUUGCCGAAAUUGAGCAAAAAAUCCGACUUCGUGGAAAUAUGUGAAAAGCUGAAUUUACGUGUUAGUUCCGCAAGCAUUAAUUCGUCUGGCGUGCCGAAUGGAUACUAUUUCAUAUCAAACAAGAUAAGCCUCGGAUUAACGCAGUAUGAAGCAGUCAAACAAAUGUAUGAUGGUAUAAAAGAAUUGAUUCAAAUGGAGGAGCAAUUAUAAAAGAACACGGCUUAUUUCUUCUGUUGCUAGGAGUUCAGUCUUCUGCAAAUAUAAUUUAGGUUUUUUUUGUAAAUACAGUUUUGUUCAAAUUAACAUGUAUAAAUUAAUAUAAUGUUCUAAGGUUAUAUUAUUGAACUCAUUUUAAACAAGGCUGAACUGAAUUAUCGCAGUCCUGAGAAUCUGGAAGUCAUAAUUUUAAGAUUUCCUUAUCUUGUUGGUGACGAAUAAAAUUGCUCAUAUGUAUGCU